GGAUAUUAUGAUAAUGACCUUACUUGAAGGCGGGAUUACGACUAAAGCCACGUUUUGACACCACGUAUUUUCUUGAGGUCUGUAUGUAUUAUAACAUAUUGCUCCGAAGAUGGUUGUAUAUCAUGAUCGAAACCUAAUCAUCAACUACAUUCCAACAUCAAUUACAGAUGCUGAUUUGACCAACUUGUUCUCAUCUGUCGGUGCCAUUAAAACUUGCCGGAUUAUUCGAGACCGAAAUAGUGGGUCCAGCUUUGGCUUUGGGUUUUGUGAGUAUGAAGAUUCCGACUCUGCUCAUAAGGCUAUCACACGCUUUAAUGGUUACCGAAUCGCCGAUAAGAUUCUGAAAGUUUCACUAGCUAAGCUGCAAGGACGACUUUGUCAAAGCUCAAAUUUAUACGUUAAAAAUUUUCCACCUACACUCACCGAACACGAUUUGACAACAGAAUUCGGACAGUUUGGUCCUAUUGUUCAGUGUCGUAUAUUGCGUGAUCACGAUACGAAUGUUUCUAAGGGGAGUGCCUACGUACUGUUCGAGAAUCCUGCUGAUGCCGAAGCAGCAAAGCGUUCUCUAGAUGCACGCAUCUGGCCUGGAUCUACAGAUAAUCAGAUGUUGUCUAUAAAGUUUGCCACUCCACCUUAUCGACAAUCGGUUAGUUUGACAAAAUCCAGGAACAACUUCAGAAGACCAUUUUUGCAUCAACAAAAUCUGCGAAACGGUCAGUUGUCUGCUCACUUAUCGCAAUCAAAGCCUCCAGUUCCUGAAGUUUAUACACCCUCUUGUCCACAGUUACCUUACAUUCCUAACAAUUUAUGUACAGCAUUGGCCCAGUCUGUCCAGGGGUCACUAUUGCAGUCUCCUGUUAUCCAACCACAACUAAAUCCACAGGGUCUGUUAUGGAGUAAUGAUUAUCCCAAUACUGAGUAUCAGAACCCCUCUUCUGCCUUAAAUGUAACUUCUGGUUACUUGGCCCCUUACUUCUACUCACAACAACCUUAUCCAAAUCUUUGGCUACCUCUUCAACAGAACUAUCUUAACCAAAUCCCUUUGAAUACUUUAUGUACAAAUCAGUUGGAAAGUUAUGGAAAUUCAGUCCAAGGUUGUCCUAUAAUUACCAACGUUCAAAAUACAUUUUAUCCUGCUUCAAGUCAGCAACAAUCUAAUUUACCUACUAAGAUAUCUGAUGUAACUUGUAAGCAAUCAAACGACUUUUCUCAUUUCGGUCGACCGAAAUCCACUAAAAUUGACAAAAACGAAUCUACAUCUGUAUACAUAUAUAAUAUUGGAAACAUGACUGAAGCACAAAUAUUUGUUCUGUUCUCGCAGUUUGGACCAAUCUUAAAUGUUUCUAUACCGAAAGAUUACAAAACAAAUUCCUCCAGAAACUUCGGUUUCGUUACGUAUAGUAAUUUUCAAAGUGCCCAAAACGCUAUAGAUAUAAUGAACGGAUCACUUUUAUCUGGUAGGCGACUACAGGUUUCAUUUCGUCAAAGUAAAGGAAAGUGGACUAAAUAUGGAAGUCUCAGUAACAGUAAUACUUUGGAAAAACCUGUUUCGAAACAGAAAGGGGACAUUCCAGACUCUGGAUGCCACAGUCCGCAGUUGUCAAGUGAGAAAUUAGAUGUUACUAAUAUUUUACCUCCCAACAAUCUCCAAGUUUCAGAGACGAUCGAGGCACUUGGGAAUUUGAAUAUAUCUAAUGGAAGCAAUAUGGCCUCCUCUAAAGUCUAACAAAACUGUAAACUAUACAUCAAAAAGUUAAUUUACUAGACUAUAUGAGCACGAACGUAUUUUUUCUUGUGAAACAUUUACUUCAUUAAUUUCAAUACAUUUUCCGUAUAAAUGAAGCCAUGUACAUAUAUAUACAAUAUUAAUUUUACUGACGAUAAAUGUUUAUUAUUACAA